CGCAAUCCUGAAAACGCUGCUGUUGCCGUUUCAACCGGGCUGCUCGACAAGUUGACGCCGGAAGAGGUCGCCGGUGUUGUGGCGCAUGAACUGGCGCAUAUCAGGAACCGUGACACGCUAACGAUGACGGUGACGGCAACGCUGGCCGGCGCCAUAUCGAUGCUGGGCAAUUUUGCGCUGUUUUUUGGCGGCAACCGGGACCGCAACAGUCCGCUUGGCGGACUUGGCACGCUGGUUGCUGUGAUUGUGGCGCCGUUGGCCGCGAUGGUGGUGCAAAUGGCAAUCAGCCGGACGCGGGAGUAUUCGGCCGACCGGCUCGGUGCGCAGAUUGUCGGCAACCCGAUGUGGUUGGCUUCGGCCCUGCGCAAGAUUGCUGCCGCGGCUGGCAAGAUCGACAACAUGGUGGUGGAGCGCAAUCCGGCAACGGCGCACAUGUUCAUUGUCAACCCGCUGCAUGUGAUGGCGGUGGACAGCUUGUUUUCAACCCAUCCGGCGGUUGAGAACCGCAUAGCGGAACUCGAAAAGCUUGCUGAGGAAAUGGCGGCAGGUGGU